AUGGAGGCCCUCAACAUGCUCGACUUUAGGUAUUGCGGCCUUGUCCUUCGCCACAGCCUCGACAUCUUCUACGACGCCUACGACGGUGAGCCGAGUCUUUUCGACGAGUUUAACCCCACCGAGCAUGACGAUGAAAGGUCAGUAAAACACGUGUGUCCAACCUUGGGCCACAUGGCUGCAGACAUUGACACGACGGACAUCAGUGUCACACAAAACUUCUCCUCCAUCUGGAUACAACGACCGCUAUCCGAUUCGACGCCGCCAUUAAGCCCUGCUGUUUCACGAGAACCAUUCCAGUUCCACGGCAUCUGUCACAGCAAUGAUUCCUCCGAUUCCAGGGCGCCUCUUUCCGGAGAACUUCUAUGGAGCCUGGGCUCGCUUUCAGUUUUGGAUGCAUUUGUGAAGACGCCAGAGCGGUACGAACAUGUCGCAGUUCCGCUGAGUUCCGAUCUGUACAUGGUGCGGGAGGAAGCAUAUGUCGACUACAUUCCAUGUCCAGGUUCUGGUCCAGGUUCGCCCGCCCUCAGCGUUUUGUCCGAAGCAGCCCUACCCGAAAUUGUCGAUGAGUUCCCCAAAAUCGACGACAGCCGACCAGUGGUGACCGAAAUUGAACCGGUUACGGAGGAGGAGACGAGCAAGGUUGAAAUGGAAAUGCCAAAGGUCGAACCACCCAAGAUUGAAGAGCGAUCCGUGUCUCUAUCCAGUCAACCCGUUCAACCCAGUCAGACGCGCAAUUGGCUUGCAACUGUUCUCGAGAAGAGACAAGCGACCCCCGAGAACGACGGUGCACCCGUGCUCACCAAGGUACAAGCCGCGUUUGAUGAGGAGCAAUUAAAGAAGACAGUGAGGGAACAUCGUCGUCACAACGAGCUCACCAAGCCGCGUCUCAACAAGCGCACCCGUGUGCGUUCCAGUGUACCGCCGCAAAGUCGCAAGAAGGCAAAGCAUAUGUCGGGGCACCCAUCACCAUCACCCUCACCCGCACCAGAAUUUUCGCCAUAUCCACAAUAUUCGCUGCAUCAAGUCUGGACUGGUUGA